CGAGACUACGUACGACUCUAUCUGAUAACGGAUAGCCGUUGAUAGAUCUUCCAUUCUUUACGAAUCCCCACUCCCGCGAUCGUCCACCGCACAUUCUUGGUCUCCCCGCUAAGAGAACGUCAAUACAAAAGUGUCGAAAACGAUCUAUUGGGUGCCUCUAAAAAUAGGAAAUACUCGACAAGCAAUCUAAAAUAGCGCACGAAAGGAAGCAUAUAUCACUCGGCCUGUUCCGAAACUCGAUGUGUUAGGGAUUCUCGACUUGACCCCAUCGCAUAGUAUAUUCGCAGACUUUCACAAUGUCAACUCUCACUCGGGCGUUUACCAAGCGCUCCAAGCGCGUUGAGGUGUCUUCGCCAAUGCCCUACCGUGAAGGCCAGCCGAAGUUCUCCUCCGGUACGAUAAAGCGAGGCAAGAUCUCUGGGCCGGUAGAGCUCCUGUCCACGACAAAUAUGCUUGCCUACAAUGCCCCGGAUCUCAACUCGGCGUCUUCUUCCUCCACUUCGUCAUUACAAUCGCCCGACGACUCGGAACUUUCAUUCACUCAACACGGCAUCACCUCGCCAGUUACUUCACCCGAAGAAUCGCCAAUUGAACCAAAUCCACUUUCAGGAUAUUUCCCAAAACGGUCCGCGACCUUAACAAGCCAUCCGCGGUCGUCCUCGUCAACGACAUCCUCCAAUGAUGCCCCAAUGAUCCCUAGACGUGCACUCUCUCACACCAAACGAACACACCAGGAGGUAGCGCGACAGCGCUCCAUGAAGCGCAUGUCCCCUCCACCACUACACGCGAAUCGCUCUAAUACUUCUGCCCAACCAUCUUACGAUGACUAUAAUGCCGAGCCACAUCCGUUCGGGAAGGAGCUGGAGCAAGUAAGCGAAGUGGUUGAGGAGUUUGGAGGUGCCCCUCUGUUUGAUGAGGAAGAGCGGAUCUUGCACAGUAAGGGAUUGAAGAAGUAUUCGGUGAACGACUAUCUUGUGGAGAUCGAAGACCUCUAUGGUAGUAUCUUCGACGAUCGGCUGGGCCCGAUAGCUUCCACAUCCUGGCUAUGAAAUAUCAAAAGCCAAAACGUCUUUCUACUCCUGCGGAGAGGAAAGGCUCGAUGUCCGGCCUUUCCGCCGAUGUCAUACAUUUCACGACCAACCAAUUUUCACUCCUUUACGACCUUUCACCUAUUGCUGCUUUCGAUUGCUGUUCGCUAUAUACCACGGGAGGUAUUGCUACGGAACAAUAUCUCACUUUUCGCCUUUGUGUUUUUUUGUGUUAUCUCUAUUUGAGAUGUGUUAUGGGUACUAUACACUGGCUAUGGUAGCGGACGCUUCAAACUGAAGAGAAUUAGUUAGUCCUAGUUUUAGAAUUAUGAAUGGAAAUUCAGAAAACAAUCAACUACCUCCUUGAAGAAUGCUAUAUAACCGCAAUAGGCAAUUUGUAG